AACGUGGUGAAGAUGAAUGACCCUCGCACGAUGAGAUCUGUUUAGUCUUUAGUAGGCUUUGAGUCCAACACUCAUUCCCCAAACCCAAGUCUCCCCCCAUAAGGGCCAUUCCCUUUACCUUUCCCUUUCUCCGACGAGCAGGAUUCCCCAAAUUCUGCAAUCAUUAUCAACUUCCUCUCUUACAGUCGCAGCCAUGAGUAACGAAUACGAUUAUUUGUUCAAGCUUUUGCUAAUUGGAGAUUCUUCUGUUGGAAAAUCAUGUCUAUUACUCCGAUUUGCGGAUGAUUCGUAUGUGGACAGCUACAUUAGUACAAUUGGAGUUGAUUUUAAAAUCCGGACAGUUGAACUGGAGGAAAAGACCAUCAAACUACAGAUUUGGGAUACUGCUGGACAGGAGCGGUUCCGAACUAUAACAAGCAGUUAUUACCGAGGAGCACAUGGAAUUAUUAUUGUCUAUGAUGUUACUGAGAUGGAAAGUUUCAACAAUGUUAAGCAGUGGUUAAAUGAGAUCGAUAGAUAUGCAAAUGAAUCAGUAUGCAAGCUUCUAGUGGGUAAUAAAUGUGAUUUGGUGGAAAACAAGGUAGUUGACACUCAAAUGGGACAGGCUUUGGCUGAUGAACUUGGAAUUCCUUUCCUUGAAACAAGUGCCAAGGAUGCGAUAAACGUUGAGCAGGCUUUCUUGACCAUGGCUGGAGAAAUCAAGAAAAAAGUCGGGAACCAGCCAACUGCAAAGAAAUCAACGGGCAGUGUUCCGAUCAGGGGACAGCCGAUCCAGCAGAAGAGCAGUUGUUGCAGUUGAAAGGGUCUUUUUUCCAAGUCGUUCACUAUGUUAAUUUCAUGUGUUUAUGGACUAUAAACAUGUUAGUUAAGGUUAUAUUACCAACUGUAUGCUUUCUCCAUUAUGUAUCUACACAACUGAGACUCGUCCCUAGUUUGGCAGGUGUGUCGCUUGAAAUUUAAUGCAAUCUAACUGUUGAAAUUUCUUGUUCA